AUGGCUCACCAGGUAUGGACAUCGUUGAGCGUUGAGAUGACUAAUAUGGAGAACUGGACGGAGCCAAUCGCCGUCACGAUAGAGUGUACGGGAAGAAACAUGACUUACGAGGGAUUCUCUUCCCGCCGUGGCGACAACGAUAGGAGGAAGGGUCCUGGGAGCAUGUGUGAUGACCUUGGGAGCUGGUCUCUGAAUCCCCUCAGUGUUACUGUAGGUACACAAGCCAAUCAGCUCGGAACGCAAACUUUGAUAUGCACUGCCACCUCAAUUGCCAGCAUUUCGAUGACCAUCGACUCGGCUUGA